UUUACUAAAGUUAGCAGGAAUGGAGACGAUCAGCUUCAAUACAAAACCACAGAUCUUCCCAACGAUAGUGGUGGUUUAUCGUCAUCAAGCCAAUUAUGACAGAAUUCAACGACCAAAGUUUUGAUGAAAUUGUUUCAGGCCGUUUAAUAACCACGUGGAGUCCGUGAUGGUGUCCAUUAGUUGUGGCAGUGUGUUAUUGUUGUGGAUAGUGCUGUGCUGCAUUGCAACUACUCUUCAAUCGAUUUGUACCCAGGAAGACAACUGUGUGGGGAGUAACCACCGCGAUUACUGUAAAGAGAAGAAUGGUCUCAUAACCAAAUACCUGCACAAACCUCUUUGUCCCGUGAUGGAGGUACAGCUAGGUAUUCAGAAAUGGAUUUAUAUUCAUUGCUGCGAUAAUCAGUACAACGUUACCAGUAGGAAGUGGUAUUUUAAACAACACAUUAAUAAAAACACGUCGUGGGAACUACUGGAUGAUAACAAUGAAACACUCCCAUUGAAAAAACUACGAUCAUAUCGGCUAGGGUUUUACAGAUGUAUCACCAAGAACGGCAAUACCAUCAUCAAGAAUCAAACGUUUCAAAUAGUAAAUAUCAAAUGCAGACAACACUUUGAUAAACCAGAGAUCAAAGUGCCUACAAAUCAAUACCUAAAGGUCAAUCAACAUGAUGUCAACUUCCAUUUUCAUGUAAAAUUUGGCUGUGAAGCCAGAUCAAGAAAUAUCAAUGUCUACUUCCAUAAAGAUGGUAACCCUAGGGAUACUGAAAUGUCAAAUAUAUCAAUACAUGGAUGCGCAAGCAGCGGAAGUCCUGUGUCACGCAGUUGUGGGAGUAAUAUUUCUAUUCCUGUGGUAACGCCAGCAGUACUGGGUAUGGGAGUAUCUAUCACAGCAACAGCUUGUUACGGAGGCGAAAUGAAGGAAAUGACGAGAAAUUUCUCAAUAUUCAAUGAAAUGCAGUAUCGAGAAGUGUCUAACCCGGACACCACUGUGACUACCAUUUUAAUGAUAGUAACAGUUACCCUAGUCCCGUUAAUUAUAUAUCUAUUAUUUAUAUGGAUGAAGCUUGAUGUCACGAUACUAUCGGAAAUGACUUUUCUUAUGCGGAUAAACAACAACAGGAAAUGUACUAAUGGUGCAACUAAAGUGCACAUAGCACACUAUGAUGAAGAUGUUUCUACAGCCAGGCAGCUACAGGAAUGGAUGGAAAAUACAUACACUCCAUUGCAAAUUGUUUGCUCCGGUGAUUUUACGGGCGGAGGUGUUUUUACCAGCGAAAUUAAGGAUAUACAGGAGAGUGAUGUCGUACUUUAUAUUCCAAACUUUACAGCAGCCGACAAUGUUCAUGAAAAUUUAUUUAACAGUAUUGUAGAACACAAACGUCCUUUCAGGAUAACAAUUUUGGAAAUCCCAACACAGGAGACGAAGUCAUGUUCAUUGAGAAAUAGCACAAUUUUCAAAAGAUUAAAACAUGUUAAUCUUGACAAAAGUCGCAGGAACUUCCCUAAUGAAUUACUGAAAAGAUUGCCAGCAUGUGUAUUAAAGGAGCAGAACAGCGUGGGUAGUGAAAGAGAGCAAAACUCUGAUUCUGACGAUAUUACUCGAAACUGUGAGGGUUAUCGGCUGGGUUAUCACCUACCGUGUGCUUACACAUAUUGUUUUCGAUCUUCACACGUGCAUACCUGCAGCAGGUUACAGGAAGAAUCGUCAAACAUGAUAUGUCCAGAAACAAACCAGUGUGACUUGAGUUCUGCGACAAACUCUCAAAAAUCUAAUAAAUCAUUACCGCAUUUUCUGAAACUGAAUAUGGCAGGAGGAAAUCACACUUACAGAGAAAUAACGUCACCGUGUAUUGAAUCCCCAGAUACAGCGUCUACAUAGUUGAGUCCUGAUAUUCAUUGUAAUUCAAUUUAAUUCGGUAAUAUUGCCACCAUUAAUGUAUGAAAUCAUUUUGAUCCCUAUACAUUAUACUAUGUUAUUGUCCUUUCUGACACACACAUUUCACAAUUUUGUCGAUUUUACAGAUAAAUGAGUUAAUUGAAGUAAUAUUGAGAUCAAUGUGUGUAUAAUGUAAUGAUGCUACACCUUGUACUAAUCAACUGUUCUUACAGCAGUCCUUUUUAACUCUGACAGUAUAACAGUGAACACAAUGAUGUGUAGCUGUAAACUUGACCCAGAAAUCCAAACUUUAUUGCAAAAUUGUUCACGUUUUAGCAAGAAAGUGUUUUUGACAUCUACCACAUCAAUUUCGAUAUCAAGUGAUAGUGAUUUGAGCCAGAAUUCAAUGUAUUGGAACAGGCCAAAAAUUGUUAAUGGGUAAAUAAUUUGAAUGUCUUCCCUUUGACCGAAGAAAGACGUUGUUUUGGCCCUGGUUGUUAUUGUUGUUGUAACUGUUAUUGUCGUUAUCUAACCCUAACCUACCUAAGAAUCGUUAGAAACAUCUUGGCGAAAACUUAAAGAUACAUGCAUAAUUCACACGUGGUGUGCCGUGCACUACAAUUAGGUCAUUGUGACCUUCACCUCGGAGUUUAAGGUCAAUACUCAGUAUACAUGUAUUCUUUUAAAAUGUUAAAGAUAUCCUGGUGAGCUUGGAAUGUGUCUGCAGCACAACAGUGCAAUAUAAUUAGGUAAUAGUGUUCUUCACCUGAUGUAGAGAGGUCAAAGUUACGCUCGUUUUCAGUAAUUUUUGUUUGGACCUUAACUUUUGAACCGAUAUAGAUAUCAUAAUAAAGUUUGAAACAUACGUGAAACCUGAAUUUUCACAAUUGGUUCAGUCCGUAAAAUUUUAAAUCAUUAGAGAUACAUGAUAAUAACAUAUUGAUUAUAUAGUACAUAAUAUUAAUAAACACCUAAAUGUCACCUGAUUUUAUGGCAAGGUCGUCAGGCCAGAGGUCUUAAUGUUCGUUGAUAAAAAUUAACUGACAUGUCACUUCAUUUAGACAUGGUAAAAUGUGAAAAUUGGAAAUAGGCUAUUGUCAAAUGAAGGAAGAGAAUUUGAUUCCAUGAUUGGCAUUACAUAUUUUGUAAACUGUUCGUCGAAAAGCUCCUGUACAUUACAUCGAUACAAUAGAUUAAAUUGUGAGAUAACCAAAAGGAGACACGGAUAUGUUAAGCAUGAUUGAGGUAUGUUUUGUCAACAUUGUUUUAAUGUUUGUUCUUGUACUAUGCAUGUAGUGUAAAACAAAACAAAACAAUUCCUUUCCCAUUACAGAAUUAAAACAGAUAAUUAUGAGACAGAUUGGAAAUUAAUGUGGUUUUAGUGUGUAUGUGGUGUCCUAUGAUACCAUCUAAACUAGUGAAUGCAAACAAUCCUUCUUGUACAGCUUGUUAAUAACAGUCCAUAAUAUACACUUAAGGUACUUGUAUUUUCUCUUCUGAUAUUGAUAGUGUAUCUUUGUUAUUUCAAAUCAAAGUCUUUGUCUGUACCCAUACCAUCAAUGGUGUGUCUGUCGUUUAAAUUAAAGGCUUUGUCUGUACCGAUACCAUCAA